GACUGUUUAGAGGUUAAGGACCAUUGCGUGUUAAAUUUCUCCCCUUCGAUAUCUUCGAAUUAAGCGUAAUUACCAAGCAGAACGACAUAGUUUCGCUCUCGAAAAGAGAAGUCUAAUAUAUUCGUCGUGUUUCCAAACUGACAGGCGAAAGUAAUUUUGCGACGUAAAAUGGUUGUAUAUGUAGAAAGUACAAGGUUCGCCAGGAGAAGAAAGUGUCAUCGAGCUGGCUAAAUGGCGGGUUUCGGUUCGUGUACAUGCCGGUUUGAACAUUAAGCGAGGAGUACACGCCCCGUGUUCCAGGCGUCGCGUCGCCAUGGAGUCCGGCGCGUGGUGAAAGUCAUUUUGGUUGGCGAUGGGCUGAUUAUUAUGCUAUCCGGGCAAUCGUCAUUCAAUUAUUACACCCAGUGACCCUCGUCUUCGUUCGGCGUAAUUACGUUGCACGCGCGAAAUAUUGCCGCCCGCCUACUGCGUUGCGCGAAAUUCAACGCAUAUGCAAAUCAUCGACGUUCAACACUUUUUCAAAUUCAAUUUGCGUUCACGCGCUCGUCGUGUUAAUGGGAGUGGUGCACUUCUGUUGUCCACCUUGACUUAGGAAAGGUAGUAUCAUUGGUAAUUGCGUGUUAUUGUUCUCUUUGAGGAUUAACAGGGAAAAGUUGCAAUACCGCGAGUUGUUUACGCGAACGAUCGUGUCUGAUCGGUGACAGGAAUUAUCUACUGCCGCCGCGUAUUUCUUAUCUUACGCUCCGUCGAUUAAAUUUAGAAUUGGAGAGACCAAGGCGGCUAAAUAGGCGGAGGUAGAUGAAAGAGACGCUAGAAGAUACAAGACGACCGAAAACAGUGACAACGCAGGUGAAGGGGCAUGAUAAGCAAGGACACGAGUGUUUCAAGAGAAUCAGGUGAUCUGGUAGUCGAUAUCAAUAUCAAUCAAACGUUUAACGUCCAAAGGGUGGGAUAGUACCGACAGAUGUGUCGUCGCGCUUCUCGACAACGAAUGUCGGAAUGACGCGUCGAUCAAGUCGUGGCUGGGCAGAGGCCGCAAGGACUUCAUUAAACGGGAAAAAGUGAUACACAUCGUGUUUCGAGUUGGAGAAGAGAAGAGGAGCCUGUUGGAGAAGGGAGUAGAAGAAGGAAGGAACGUCGCAGAUCUUCAAACUUUACAAAUACAAGAUAAGAAGCUAUCGUGGGCUCAUUGUCUCGUCACUCCGCAACAGCAGCGAAGGAUAACGUCCUCCCGUCACUAUCACGAUGUCGUUACUAUGAGAUUCAUCGUGCCGGUAUACUCCACAUUUCCUUACACCUGACAGUUUCUAGAAGAGUACCCACUGUUCAACUACUUCAUCGACGUUUUCUGUCAGUAAUAAAUCUUACAUCUUGUUUUUGAAAUAACAAAAGAAAGAUAUACGAAACACAACAAAACAAAACAGAAGGAAAAGUUUAGAAAUAUCGAACAAGAAAUUAAACAAGCAAAGAAAGCUUGAAAAACCUUAGAAAGGGACGAGGCUACCAAAGAAUUUCAUUCGAGGACGUUUCAUAAAGAGGGUCAAAGCUAACUGACCGAAAGAGCGCGGAAGAAAACAGUGAUCUCGUUUAACCUUGAGUGGAGAUUCCUAAAUCGUAGAAUUGCUCGCGUUUGAUUAACGUAAUUGCACAAGGACAGCCGACGACUGUCCCUGUGGGUGGUGUGUGGAAGAAGCAAAAGGGCGUCGAUAAAGAAUAGAGGGGUGCGUGGUGAAACGCGACGAGAGGGUGAAGUGAAGGUGUCCUCGUGGGGUGCCAGAGUGAGCACGAUAGCACCUCUGGUGCCCUCGGCCGUGGGUCCCGAGGGGACGGACGCCAUGGCGGCCUCUUCGUCCUCGUCGAGCAGCGAGCAACAGUACUCACUCAGGUGGAACGACUUCCACUCGAGCAUCCUCAGUUCAUUUCGUCAUCUGAGGGACGAGGAGGAUUUUGUGGAUGUGACCCUGGCAUGCGACAGUAGCAGCUUCACCGCGCACAAGGUCGUCCUCUCUGCGUGCAGUCCUUACUUCCGGCGGCUCCUCAAGGUCGAUAAUAUAUUGGACUUGGCCAGUGACCUGUCUGGAUUAGCCUGGGAUUCGUGGAAAAGGAAUUCCAUCGAUGGAAGUUACGCCGCUUCUACGGAAAUAAAUAUGCCGCGGAUAUCUCCAAAUAUGCACGUCUCUAGGAUUCGAAUUGCGAAUCCAUGCCAGCAUCCGAUCGUGAUCCUGAGGGACGUUGCCUCGUCCGAUAUGGAGUCGUUGCUGCGCUUCAUGUACCACGGCGAAGUUCACGUGGGACAGGAGCAGCUGUCCGCUUUCCUCAAGACGGCGCAGAUGCUUCAGGUUCGGGGGUUGGCCGAUGUGAACAGCGGUGUUGCCACAGCGAAAAUUCCACCUCCCUCGUCGUCUGGUGGAAACAACGGUAGUGCGCCGGCGACACCACGCAAUCCGUGGCAAGAUAACGGUAGGGGAGAAUUGAACGAGGGUGCUUUGAGUCCUCCACCAGAGAAGAGACCUAGAAGCUAUAGCCCACCAUUGGGUAACCACGUGGAGCAGAAAACUGACCUUCAGGAAUCACUUCUGGGACAGGCCCUGGAAGGAGGACCUACGAUACACACGACACCUACGAAUAAUGUACAGGCGCAGUCUACAGGGGAGGAUUCAAAUUCCAUGUCGGACAACGAAGAGGAGAUGUCGAAUAACGACAGUAUCCUGAAUUCCGUGAAGACGGAACCGAGCGACAUUUUAAAUGAUUCUAUAGAACACCAUCGUAACUCGUUUCCUACGGCGCUCUUGGGAAUACCAGGACUGAUACCAGGGCCAUCCGGGAUCCACGCGGCGAAUCAGGAUCCGAAUUACGUCGCUCGCCGCGGUUUGGACAUGAUGCGGGUCCGCGCCACAGAUCCACGUCCCUGCCCGAAAUGCGGUAAGAUCUAUCGAUCUGCCCACACGUUGCGCACCCAUCUGGAAGAUAAGCACACGAUCUGUCCUGGCUAUCGUUGCGUUCUCUGUGGCACCGUAGCCAAGUCAAGGAACUCUUUGCAUUCGCACAUGUCGCGGCAGCAUCGUGGAAUCAGCACCAAGGAUCUACCAGUACUACCGAUGCCGAGUCCGUUCGAUCCUGAACUGGCGUCGCGUCUAUUGGCCAAGGCGGGAGUCAAGGUGAGUCCUGCGGAAUUACGAGCUCGUGCCAGUCCCACGGGACCCAGAAGGGGUGACAUGAGACUGGAAAUACCUCGAGGAGGCGCGCCAUCUGAGGCCGGAAGCAGCAUCUGUGGCGGAGACGACCCGGAAGAUCUUACGCUGCCGCUCAGCCUGAGGUAUGGAUCACCGACGCCCAACAAUAACACUGUGAUCACCAAAGUAAGCGGUAGCAACAGCAGCAGCAGUACCAAGAAUUCGACAGCGACGGCAAUUGCGGCCAAGUCUUUAGACACCAUGCACGGCAGCCGUGAGCCAAAUACGGCUCCUCUUCAUCCACCAGGACAUCUUCAUCCGAGCCAUCAUAACACCAGCGCCACUGGAUCGGUGAUCAUCGAUACGUAUCUGCAAUUUAUCGCGGAGAAUUCCGGAUUGACCACGAUGGGACUUAGUCCCGAGCAAGCUGCUGCGGUAGCGGCUGCACACGCGGCCAAGAUGGCUCACAUGAGCGCGAUGGAUAAAUUAGGCAGUCGUGGGAUCGAAGAUUAUCCUAUGAUCGGUAGAGAUGAGGGUCGAGGACCGGGAGUAGUACACGAGGAUCGUCAGGAUACGUUGCAGGAUAGGCACGUUGGACUUUUGGACGAAGGCGAGUCAUCCGGUGGCGAAGAAGAAGACUUUAGCGAGAACGAGGAGCCAGAGAUUGUUAAAGCUGAAUAGAUGGCACAUUCGCGGUAUGCUGCGACCAGAUUUGGUGCCACGUGACCCGAUUAGGAAGUGCUUCUGAAGAGACGUGUCCUGUACCUUGGAUCCGGCCACGUCCUCUUCCUUGGCAGUCAAAUCCAUCCACUACCUCAGUAGAGACUUACUCCUGCUUUCUUUUCGUUAUGAGAAACCGAACUCUUUUAUUUUUUUCCAAAGAAAGAAGAAGGGUGACCGAAGAAGAUGAGAAAAUGAAGAUCACAUACGUACACAUGGUCUUUGGAUCGAAGAACGAAUUCCUCCUUCGUUACAGAGAAACAAACGGAGUUUUUCGUUGCCCACAGACACGCGAACGCCCUCCUCACACACAUGUACACAUGUGUAUAUGCGCGUAUACAGUUUUUAGCCCGUUUAAAAUAUUCCAUCUGUCUACCUCAGUGAACACGAUAAACGAUAAGUGAUAGGACAGACCAAGACGAAUGAAUCUCAUGAAUCAUGAACUUAGGGGAAAGUAAUAUGGUGAAACGAUUGGAGAUGAAGAGGUCUAUCACCAUGUCUAUUCGACGAUGUCAGUUGCGUUACAUCAAAUGUUCGAGUGAAGAAAGAUAUAUUGUAAUGAAAAUAUCGCUCAUGGUAUUAACGACUGUGUUUCUAUAAGAGCGCAGGCGAAAAUAUGCGAGCAAACCGAAAAGUCAGUCAACGCCAAGGCAAUUGUUCAAUCCUUUUUAUUUUCUAAAAGUUAAAAAAUCGACAAGGUUAAAAAAGGAAAAAAGAGAGAAAAAAAAAAGAACGGCGAUCGUCGCGUAUACGCGAUUGGCGGAAAGAUAUUAUUAUAUUAUAUUAUAUUAUUAUAUAUAAAUGUUGAGGAAAAAUAUAUAUUGUCUAGAUUUAUAGAGGAGUUAGUUAACAACGGCACGUACGUACGUACACGGAUACACAUAUAAAGAAGGAAUAAUAAUAAUAAUUGGAGGAAAAGAGAAUAUUAAAGUAAUGGCUAGAGUGGAUACGUGUAGCGCCAGGGUUAGCACCCUUUGUAUUUUUUAGAAGAGUGCACUUUCCAAGUAUACACUCACCUGCAAACAUGCGUAUACAAGGCACUACGUACAUUAAAUACACUCCCACACAUUCUACAUUUUACUUUUUAACGUAUUGUGGUAAUACAUAUACACAUAUACACACACGUAUAUACAUGAAAAGUUAUGUAUUAUCGCGUGAUUUAAAAUUACGCGCGGUCGUGUUUUCGUCGACUAAAGUUGCUUUAGAAGCACGACGAUUAUUGCGAUUGUUAAUUGUCUACUCGCUUUAUUGUAAGGAAAGAUGCGGAAUAUAAACCAGAACAAAACCGGGUAGCUCAACGUAUCAAUCAACAAACGAGAAAUUUUAAUGCUGGUUUACGUUUAGCAAAUUCGGCCAAACUUUCUUUAAUAGCCCGAAGAGAAUUCUUAGAACAACGUGAUAAAUGGUGUCAGAAUUCCAGAUAGAAGAAGAAGGAGAUAUUUCUUACACGAUCUUCGUGGUGAUGAGUUUUGAAACUGGUCUGUUGAACUUGAAAUUUUGCUCUGUUUUGAAAUUAGAAUAAGAUAAAGUAGCACGUGAACUAGGAAAAAAGGCUUCGACUUAGGAGAAUCAUAAAAUAAUCGAGAACAGUCCCUUCUUGUCGUUCCUUUCGUCAUGCGGAACUUCCCCCCACCCCGCCCCCUCCUUCAUUCUUCUAUUCGAUCGAACCCGUCGAUUAAUCGAAUUGGAAACGAAAAUCCCCCCCCCCCCCAGGGCUUGCCAUGACCUUUCUAGUACUUAAGUUCUUUUUUUCGGCUUGGGCGAUUUUCUUCUUUCUUGAGGGGAACGACACGAUUCUUUCACCCGUGGACGAGAUCUGCUCAUAGACGAUUAGUUGCUCGUGUACUUUUUUCCCAAAAGAAUAAUGAGAGUGAAAGAAGGAAAAAUGUGAUGCAAGGGGACUGAUAAUAUAGAGUCACGAGUGGAACGAGAACCACGAUCCAUCUUUUCUUCAUGUUCGUGUUGCUUUUGCUCCUAGAGCAUCCAUCGAAGUCUUUUUCCGCAUUCUUGUAUGUCUUUGACUCAUCUCGAUCAACGAUCUCCCUCUCUCAACCCACGUUAUUUAUAAACGGGUCGAUAUUUCUUUUCCAACGAAUUUUCGCUUCACGAUAGAUAUAUGUAGGAUUUUUAAUAUUAUCGCAUUUCGUUUGAAUCAUGCUCCUGAAUUUUACAAACGUGAUUCUCGUUCUUCGAGUGAUAUGUAGGAUGAAAAAUGGUAGACGAAAGAAAGAGGCGGUUUCGAACUCGUAGAUCGCAAUUAUGCGUGCGAUUUCGUGUUUAGACUCGAAAUGUAUAAUACUAAAAUGGUUCCUACUAAUUGAAUACAUACACGAGCUACUUUGAUUUUAUGGUAUACCUUGAGAAUACAUAUUAUAUAUAUACAUAUAUAUAUAUAUAUAUAUAAAUAUAUGUGUAUGUAUGUAUGUGUGUAUAUAUACUGUAUAUAUAUACACACACACACAUAUACACAUAAUUAGAUACGUCAAGAAAAAAGAAAAACUUAGCAAUACGUAGUGGCGCAACGUUAAACGUUUAACCGCUAGGAUUCCUUCCGUUCCGGGUUCUCUAGUAUAAUGACUAUUAUUUUGUCUUUUAUUAUUCUUUUUUAUUGUUUUGGUUAUAUCUUUAUUUUGUUCUUGGGUGCAUAUGUGUGAAAGAUAGAGAAUGGUAACGAGCAAAUGAGAGAAUCGAUUCUGUCUGAUGACAAAUCCUUUUUAUAGGUGUUUAGCACCUACUUUCUUUUUUUUUUCUUUUUGCUUAGGUUUAGUAGGUUGUACACAAUACAAUACUCGAAGUAUACUAAUCCUUUCUUAGCUUGUAAGAGAAUUUUACCGAUGAAACACAGGGAUUCUCAGUGACUUUACCAGGCCACUGACGAUAGGAAUACAUCGUUCACGAACAUAAACUGUGUAUGUAUCUCUGCGUGAGGCGAUACGUCCAGAGAAAGAGAGAGAGAGAGAAAGAGAAGAAAGGUUAAACGUUACAUAGAUUCGAAAAAUCAAAAACCAAAAUGUUCGCCAAUCAAACGUGGACGAGCGCGAAACGAGCAAACUUUUUGACGAGUAGCGUCGAUUCUCACCCUUUCCGGUACGAAUUCUCGAGAAUCAUUUAUUAGGGAUUUAAGCUGUAAACCGAAGCUAUAACAUUUUAUUCAAGACAAUAAUUACACGAACAUGUGUUUGGAAGGAAGGUAUUAUCGGAAUUAUCAGGCCGUGGGAUUUGCAACGAGUUUGGGCGAGUUCGACGCUGAGAUUCUCGAAUUUUUUAAUCUUUAUAUUGUAUAUAUGUACGAGGGUAUCUGUAUACGAUCGAAAUAUUUGUAUACGAACCACGCAAAGAGGCCAUGUGAAUCGUAACGAAGUAAAAUUUACUCGUUUACGAUGAUUCGUCUAUUAUGGGUCCUCGAAACGUGAUAUUUUAAUGCUUGUUGUGGACAGUGAAAUUUUUAAUCGCUCGUUUCUUGCCGACGAAUCCACGAAUUAACACCUCACGAGGUUAUCAUUGGAGAAUUUGUAAUAGAGAUAUGUUAGAUCGAGGAAAAGAAUACGGGAAUGAUCGAUCGAGACGCGAAGCCAGGUCUAAUCGGUACAAAGAAACCACUUCUUGCCUUGAAAAAAGCUCUCUAUAAAUAUUACGCAUCAGGCGUGACCAUAUUGCGAGACAAAGGUUAAAAUGGAAGAGAAAAUAAGGGAGAAGAAACUGGAGAAAAGUGAGAUAAAAUACUAAAAGAAGAAAAAAAAUUCUUCGCAGAGUACAAAUUUAAUUCGCGUUGUUUUAUCGAGGAGGAGAAUCUUAAAAAGGAGAGAAAACAAGGAGACGGGAAAAUAAUGAAUAACGAAAAAAUAAUAGACAACAUUCGAAGGAGGAAGCUAAAAGGUUUUCUAGGUAUCGUUAAACGCGUUUGUGACAACCGUCUGUCCAGAUCAGGAUGAAGGAAGGAAAAUGGGAAAUCGGAUUGAUCGUUUUCUUCGUGCCAUUGUGAAUAAUUAAUCGAUCGCGACGAGGUUUAAGACUUUCUUUAUCGUUUUUUUAAAAAUCAUUUUCGUUCAAUAUUCUAUUGUUUUUCAUUAUCGCUAAGAAGUAUGAGUUGCAUAGAAAGUGUCCCCAUAUUGAUUGCCAACCCUCUAUGACGAUCAUCGAAUCGUACACGCGUUGAUCAACCGCGUGCAAAGUUGGUGAAUAAUUCAGUGAUCUCGUCUAUAGACUUUCUUCUUCGUUUUUCUUUAGUCUUUUGAAAAAGAAAAAUUGUUUUUGUUUCUUUUUUUACUGUGCGAAUAGAGACGGCGAUCUUACCAAUCGUCGCGGUAACUAUACGUUAUUAUACGAACAUGUACACAGCACAAACACGUACACAUCGAAAUAUACACUCACACAUGUACAGACUCGUUGAAUGCUGCAUAGAGUACACACACGUACACACACGUUAUAAGGAAGCAUUAUAGUUAAAAAAGAAGAAUUGGCGGGGUGAGCUCGUCUCCCUUAUGAAGUGACGGAUAUUCACGCCCCUCCCUGCAGAUCAUAGUUUUCUACGACAGUAUUUAUAUAGCUAUAUAUAUACAUAUAUAUAUACACAUAUAUGUAUACAAUCAGAAGUAUAUUGUAUAUAUAUAUACGAAAUGUACAUAUACAUAUUAAAUAUUUUUACACGAACGCCCCCUCCCUUUCCCCGUUGCCGAGAGCACCCCGCCAUCGAAAUCUCCAGUCGGGUGUAUCCCACAAAUAAAAUAGUCCGUUGAACAUAGUUCGCAAUAGUCACUUGAAAUAAAAUACCACCAACUACAGUAUUGCAAUAGUUUUUAGAGAGACAAUCGUGUGCGUAACCGUGAAAACGCUCCCAUCCGAACUGAUCGAUAUAAAGACCGAUUAUAUUUCUGUCGAUUAACUGGAAUUUUAAAAAAAGAAAGAAGAAAAAGGAACAAAAUAUAUGUAACGGGUGGAUAAUUAAUUAUUAAUUAAUUAAAUUCACACAAUUAAUUUCUGAAAAUAUUGUAACGACGAUCUGGAAAAAUAGAAUGGAAGAAAAGAAACUUCUGUUGGGAGAUUAGAAAUUCGCGGUCUUCGAACGGCAGGGGAAGAUGGGAUAUAUAGGCGAAAGAACGUGGCUAGCGCCAUAACAGAAUGGUCGAUGGUAUUGGCAACACGCGGCUCUCUCGGUAUCGACAAUAAUAAACGGUGAACGUGCCGGUGCUCGUAAAUGCCGAAUCGUACGAGUGCACUCGCCUCCGCGCGGCUUUACGGUCAUUAUAAAGGCGGAUUAACGACGCCGUAAACGCGGCUAAGCCGUUCACGAAUUGUCUGCCAGUUGCGAACGUUCGUAUGUUUCUUAGAGAGAACGCAAAUAACCGCUUGUGAAUUUUGUCAAGGGACGGAAAUUCUCUUACCUAAAACGGGAUAAAAUGAAGCCGCGAAGGACCCUUCAAGUUUCAGAGCUGGCUAAAGAUUUCGUUCGUGGCUAAGAAAUCAUUGUAAACCGAGAGUAGAAAUAGCAAAAAGUAUCUGCGAAACGACUGCCAAUCAUCGUCGUACUUAAGAUAUUAAUCGAAUAUUCAAAUAUUCAUUCAUUCUUCCAUUCUUUUCUUCCUUUUCUAAGCGAUAAACCGUUACAGUCGGAUAUUCUGCUAUGCGUUAAUUUCUGCGAUAAUUGAGAGAAACAUUCGAAGAGUCAGAUUUUUUCUUCCUUUUUCUGCGUCUAAAUUUCGCGAGGAAGGGAGCGAGCUACCAUC